AUGAUCAAAUUCUUCUUCGAGGCUGUAUUUUUGAAGAAUACUAGAUGGUGUUAUGGUGUGGUUGUGUUCGCUGGCAAAGACACCAAAUUGAUGAUGAACUCAGGAAAGACGAAAUUCAAGAGAACGAGUCUUGAUCGAUUCCUCAAUGUGCUCAUUCUUGGGAUUGUUCUUUUAUUACUUGCAAUGUGCCUUAUUUGUACAAUUCUUUGCGGUGUUUGGGAGUGGACAACUGGACGGUUUUUCACGAUUUAUCUCCCUUGGGAUAGCACGAUUCCUGGAUGGGAUGAUCAAGAUAAAGGCGGAAAACAAAUCUCAGUGAUCUCAUUUCUGAUGUUCUUUUCGUAUAUCAUCUUGCUCAAUACAUUAGUGCCAAUUUCGUUAUAUGUCAGUGUGGAAGUGAUUCGAUUUAUCCAUUCAUUUUGGAUAAACAACGAUAAGGAAAUGUUUUAUGAGAAUGGAGAGAACAGUGUCUCGGCGAGAGCACAAUCGACAACGCUGAAUGAAGAAUUGGGACAAGUUCAAUACGUGUUUUCGGAUAAAACGGGUACUUUAACGAGGAAUAUAAUGACAUUCAAUAAGUGUACGAUAAAUGGAGUGCGAUAUGGAGAUGCGAUUGAUUCAAGAGGGAAUUAUUUGGAUAUCACUGAGACAACUCCAUCCGUCGAUUUCUCGUGGAAUUCCGAUUACGAGCCGGAGUUCAAAUUCUACGAUUGGAAUUUAUUGGACGCGUGUCGUAAAGGAACCUUUGAAGUGACCGAAUUCUUUCGAUUACUCGCUUUAUGUCAUACAGUGAUGCCCGAAAGGGAUAAUGGAAGGCUCGUCUAUCAGGCUCAAUCCCCUGACGAAGCCGCCCUAACAUCCGCGGCUCGCAAUUUCGGUUUUGUUUUUCGGAGUCGAACCCCUCAAUCGAUCACCAUCAGUUUGAAUGGAGUUGAAGAGGUCUACGAACUCUUGUGUAUUCUCGAUUUCAACAACGAUCGAAAGCGGAUGUCGGUCAUCACGCGAAACAGUCAAAACAAGAUCCGACUUUAUUGUAAAGGAGCCGAUAUGAUGGUCAUGGCUAGAACAGACAGCAGAGAGGCGGCUGUUGAUAUGUACAAUCGAGAUGAGAAAUUGGACGCAUUGUAUGAGGAAAUGGAGAGAAAUCUAACUUUACUGGGUGCGACUGCGAUCGAGGAUAAACUGCAAGACGGAGUUCCUGAAGCAAUCGCUCGACUAGCUGCAGCGAAUAUCAAGAUCUGGGUGCUCACCGGAGAUAAAACUGAAACAGCCAUCAACAUUGCCUAUUCUUGUCACCUGUUGACUGAUGAUAUGAGCGAGAUUAUGGUCAUUGAUGGACAUAGCGAACAAGAGGUGGAUGUCCAACUCAGAGACACAUGGAGGGCAUUUGAUGCGGCCCUGGCUGCGAAAGCUCGUCCACCAACGGCUAGCGCGCGGAUGCCUGAAAGAUUUGAUAUUGAGACAAUUCAUGAAGAAGGAGAGUACGCAAAUAACCAGAAUGGAACACAAUCAGCGAACAGAGGCGCUCCAUUGUCGCCAAACAGUGGAGAAGGUGGAGGAGUGGCGCUGGUGAUCAAUGGGGAUUCUCUUGGAUUUGCUCUCACUGAUCGUUUAGCUGCCACUUUUUUGGAAAUCGCUUGUAAAUGUCAGGCAGUGAUCUGUUGCCGGGUGACUCCGCUUCAAAAAGCUCAAGUGGUUGAUUUGGUUAAAAGAAACAAAAAAGCGGUAACCCUAUCAAUCGGUGAUGGAGCGAAUGAUGUGUCGAUGAUUAAAACAGCUCAUAUUGGAGUCGGGAUCUCUGGACAAGAAGGAAUGCAAGCCGUGUUGGCCUCUGAUUACUCAAUUGGACAAUUCAAAUAUUUGGAGCGUUUACUUUUGGUGCACGGACGAUGGUCUUAUAUCAGAAUGUGCAAAUUCUUGAGCUAUUUCUUUUAUAAGAAUUUUCUUUCACUCUCACUCAUUUCUGGUAUUCGUUCUUUUGCGGAUAUUCUGCACAGACGGUUUUCGAUGCAAUCCUCAUUGCUUGUUACAAUCUUUUUUUCACUGCAUUACCCUUUGAGAUUUCCAAAACUUUACCUACCCGGUCAAUACAAUUUAUUCUUUAAUAUGAGAAUAUUCAUCUAUUCGGUGCUACAAGGAAUGAUCAGCUCUUUGGUGAUCUUCUUCGUUCCAUACGGUACAUUCAUUGAGGCGAUUGAUCCAAAUGGGAGAGAUCUCAACGAUUAUCCCGCACUAGCGUUCACCGCUUUCACAGCUCUUUUCAUCGUUGUCACUAUACAGAUUUGUCUUGAUACCUACUAUUGGACAGCCAUCACUCACAUCGUCCUCUGGGGAUCGAUUUUCUUCUAUUUCGCGCUCUGUUUCAUCUUUUACGAAGCUCUUCCCUUCUCAUUUCUUUCAAAGACAGCCUCAGCCAUUUCCUACAAUGUCGCUUUUCGGACAAUGGCCACCACACAGUUUUGGUUCUCGAUCUUGAUGCUG